AUGUCCAACAUACCAAUCCACCUAAAUAUUUCUAGUGAUGUACCAUCAUUGUCAAAUAUGCGCCCGCAAAACUCCAAUAAGUGGCAAGCGAGCCGAACUUUUAGUGAGCCUCCCAGUAGCGGAAUCGCUGACUUGUACGACGUGGUCAAUGCUAUUGGGUCAAUGACCAUCAAUGACGUUGACGACUGUGAAGCCAACCUGAUCAUGGAUCUCGCAAGGGCCCGACGCGAUAUAGUUAAUGCGGAGAAAAACUUGCUGAUUGCAUCAUACAAGUCUGUCAUUUCCAAGCGGAAGCUUGACAAGGCUGAUGUAGGACUAGGCCAUAUGCGUGUCACAUUCAAAAAACACGGUCUUUCACAUCAGCCAGCACACAGUUCUCUUGGUGAGGAGAAGACAAUGGCGAGCGUAGUAUACAGACUGUUAUUCUGCAAUGUCCUAAGGCGACUGGUACUACUACUACUAGCGCUCGAGGUAGCUAUUUUACUGACAAACACUGUGAGGCUGUACAUCCUGUUACUGUUGAAAAAAUUUGAUGCCCCGGAGAAAUGUGCUGUUACUGUCGAAAAAAUUUGA